AUGGGUGGGGGUUACGGCGGUGUUGGUCGCACAAUCCUGGAGGUCUUGAAAGUGUCUCCCAAGCACCAGACUGUGGUCCUAUCCCGCAAGAAACACGAUUCCGUCCAAGUUGACUACGGAAGCAUUGACAACUUGGUUUCCGUGUUAGAGACACAUGAUAUCCACACGGUGAUCUGUUGUUUCGCCGUGGAGGGUGAUUCCCUGGCCAUAUUGCAACUGAACCUGAUCCAGGCUGCCAUAAACUCCACGGUCACCCGGCGUUUUGUGCCCAGUGGUUUUGCGAUCCCGUAUCCCCAGGAAGUAGCAGGGUCUUCCGGAGAUGGUGAAACUCCUGUUACAUCUACCUAUACCUUUGACCUGGCUCGGUACGUUGUCGCUAUGCUCGAUGUGAAAGACUGGCCCGAAGAAAGCCGUGUGGUCGGUGAUCCUGUCACUUGGCAUGAGUUUGUGAAAGCAGAAGAAAUUCGCAGCAAAUUCGAAAUAAUCGAGUUGCCUCGACACCAGACUUUGUACGAGCAUUUCCCAAAGAAAGCCUUCCAGUGGUUCAUGUCAAUCUUCGAACUGCUCGCAGCGGACGGCUCGUCGUUCAUCACACGUGAAGGCUCUCCGAACGAGCGCUUUCCUGACAUGCAGCCGCUUACGGUCCGAGAGAUGCUGGAAAGGUUAAGAAUUAGUGGCGUCAGUGCAUCUAACGAUCUUACAUGA